GCCAUCGCCGCCCCCCACUCUCUUCCCCUGGGAGAUAACCUUCAAAGGCUCUGCUCAGUGCGAUGGAUGACCAGCUGAGAGAUGGAGAUGGACAGAAUCAAAGGACACGCUCCCUUCAUUGUUACUAGAUGAAGGGACACUUACCUUCUUCAAGAAGUGAGGGACGCACACGGCAGCAUUUUGAUGUUCUCCAGACUGAAGUGAUGCACUAAUAUGAAAACAGAUUAGUUCCUCGGAAGUCCUUUUCUAAGACCAGGACGUACUUAUUUUUUAGUUUGUGUGCUUUACUCGUUCAGCAUCGGUCGUAUGCUGACUGUUCAUCCUUGUGAUGCUUGUUAUGAGUUGUCCAUCCACAACCAAUGAGCCAGAGAGCUGCAGCAGCGAGGGGAGCAGCUGCACCACAUCCUCCAUCACUACCUCGGACCCAUCCUCCAUGUCCGGACGCACUCACUCCACCCUGCCUUCCCUCAGCGACGCCCCCAACGCCACCCAGCAUGAAGCUCCACCGCCUCCUCCCCUCCCGCCCCCACCUCCAGGGGCACCGCCGCCCCCUCCACCCCCAGCGACCACGUCCACCAACCACAACUUUAGGAAAAAGCGCCGCGUGCGCAGCUUCUUCUGGAAGCCGAUCCCAGAGGAGAAGGUGCGCGGGAAGCCAAACAUCUGGACGAUGGCGGUGCGGCAGCAGCAGUACCAGAUCGACGUUCGCUCUGUGGAGGAGCUGUUCGGGCAGCAGGAGGAGGCAGCGGCAGGCCUACGGGGGUCAACGCCAACGACUGGAAGCUCAGCUCGUGUAUCCCGAUCACGCUCCUUCAAGGAGAGCAGCAAAGAUGAGAUCAGCAUUCUUGACUCAAAGAGGGGGAUGAAUGUGGGCAUUUUCCUCAAGCAGUUUAAGAAAUCCAACCGCUCCAUUGUUGAAGAUAUACGGCGAGGAGAAGGGAAGAUUUACGGAGCAGAGCUGCUCAAAGACCUGCUGAAGCUCCUGCCCGAUGUAGAGGAGAUCAAGAAACUGCAGGCGUUUAAAGGCGAUGCAGACAAGCUGACACUGGUUGAUUCCUUUAUGUACCUUCUGAUCCAGGUGCCACGGUUCGAGGUUCGAAUCGAGGCCAUGGUCCUCCGCGAAGAGUUCUUCCCUUGCUGUGCAGUGAUGGGACAUGAGAUUGAUGUCGUCCGUGUCGCCACUAAAGAGCUGAUGAGCUGUGAGGAGCUACAUGCCAUCCUGCAUCUGGUGCUGCAGGCUGGAAACAUCAUGAACGCUGGCGGCUAUGCAGGAAAUGCUGUGGGAUUCAAGCUGUCAUCCCUCCUCUCACUGGCUGACACCAAGGCCAACAAGCCAGGAAUGAACCUGCUGCAUUUUGUGGCCAUGGAGGCAAAGAAAAAAGACGAGAAGCUGCUCAAGUUUCCAGAGAACCUUCAGGAUGUCCAGAGUGCAGCCAGAAUUUCAGUGGAAAACAUUGAGGUGGAGUUUUCCUCCUUAUAUGUCCGAAUCAAAUCCCUGGAGGAGAAGGUUCAAGGAGACCAGGAGCUACUGCAGCAGCUGGAGCCUUUUCUGCAGAGUUCAGCACGGACACUGCAGGACUUAAAGAGACGCAGACUGGAUCUGCGUAAAGAGGGGAACGCUCUCAUCGAUUUCUUUUGCGAAGAUAAGGACACCUUCAAGCUGGAUGAAUGCUUCCGCAUCUUUCAAGACUUCUGCAUUAAGUUCAAGAAAGCCGUUAAGGACAACAUGGACCGCGAGCUGAAGGAAGCAGCCAGACAGCGUCGCCUCAGAGAACUGGAGGAAAAGCGUUUUGCGUGGUCGGGUGCAGAUCAGAGCGGCGGGUUUGGUCGCAGCAGCAGCGAGAACGAUGUGGAAAUGCUCACCAAGGAGGGCCUUCUGGACUUCUUCCAGCAGAGGUCUCAGAGUCCACACAGCCCGCUGGGACGCUCUGCCAGCGCCCGCCGCCACCGGCACACCAUGACCUCCAUAGCAGAUCGCGAGCUCCAGGGAUAUCUUGAGCUAUUUGGGAGCACUGGGAAUCCCACUGACUAUUCCAAGUUUAACAGCCUACCUCGGUCAGGCCGCGCUCUCCAGAGGAGGACGACUCCCUGGAUUUUAUCCCAGAACGACAACCGUGAGCUGGGCUGUGACAGACAAGUGACGUCUCCACACGCAGAAACUGAACCAAUCAGCCCCCUGGCCAGGUUUUCCUCCUCUGGACUCAAUGAUAAUGAGGACCCGUACAACAAUAACAAUAAUUACUCAUCUUUGUCGGAGGGCAGUGCUCUGCCUCGUCCCUUUUGUGUCUUUCAGAAGCCUGCCCAUCUCCCCAACCCAACAAUUACCGGCCACAUGAAUGUUAGUGUGGAGAAGCAUACUUUAGUUCGAGGUCCUCAAGCUUUUGACCUGCCGAGUCCAAACAAUAACAGUAAUCAUAUGCACUUUGUCAACCAGGGGGAUGUUGUGGUGACAGAUCUGGAAAAGGAAAGACGGUCACCUCCAAAGAUUCUAGAAAACCUUUUACAUGACAAAGUUAAAAUAGAUCCUCCCACACAGGCUGGGGUCUCUCCUGAGAGAGAGAAAGAAGACGAGGACUACAGCACAGUUUCAUCAACAACCUGUGAUACUCCCCUCCCGCUAGAUACUUCAGUAUCUAAUAAGAAGCCAGUGUUUUACAUAUUAGACUGCACAGAAACAGACUGCUCUGUCACAUUGGACUACUCUGAGGUUGAAAGCUCGUCAGCAAAAGACGGACUUCAUUUUAGAACGACUGACUGUAGCAAAGAUCAGGAGACGCAACAAGAUCCAAGCUCUCUGUCUUCGAAUUUGGAGUCCAUGUCUCCCAACGACCAGUCUGUUUCAACCAGUGAGCUCUCAGCGCUGAAAUCUGUGGACACAGCGUCCAUCACCCCGUCCGCCACCACAGAAGAGUGGGACACGGAGAGCUGUGACACCGCUGAAGGAAAACAGGGCGCCGAGAAAGACGCUCAGAGAAACGGCAGGAAACCGGUGCAAGCAAAGAACAAAGCUAACAAACCGACUAAGUGCAGCAGCGGUCGUGGUGUUCGAAUGCUGACCAGCAGCGAGAGCCAGGGCAUGCGGAAAGUUGUGCCCAUCAGCAAGCUGACCAGGACAGGAAGCAACAAGAGAACAGAGAGACCUUCAGUGGACAAUGGAGACGCACGCCGGCCUCUCCGUGACCAGAGCACCCCGGCGAGAGGGAGGAGCGAGAAGACAACAAGACCUCCUCGACACUCCAGUCUGCCUCCUGAUGAGUCAAAAGGGCAGAGGGCAGCAAGCCUCACAGGCAGCAUUUCCAGAUGGGCACGCGAUUCGAUGCCGAGGAAAGCCUCCAUCCACAAGCCGAGCGCCAAACCCCUGAGGAACAUCCCCAAGCCUGCGCCUGAGGAGAAGAUGUGCCGCUCCACCAUGAGAGCUCUCGCCCAGGCCCAGACUCACACUCAGGCUGCGGCUUCCUCUGAGAACAGCAGCUCGCACACGCUCAGUGCGAAAAACACCUCCGACGUGCCCAGUUUUGCCCGUAACACUGUAUCUUCGUCUUCCAGGACCAAGAAGGAACUGGGCCCCCCGUCCGUCCCCUCCACCCCAUCUCGCAGCCCUUCGCUCCUAGGUCGACAAACCUCCGCGAAGCAGACUCGGGCGUCGCCCACAGCUCACGCCAGCGAGGAGCGGCUACCGGGGACAAACCUGCGACGGGUGCAAAGCGUGAAGGCGGCGAGUCGUAGCGCCUACCGUAGCGAGACCCCACCUCCGCCUGCAACACGAGAGGAUAUUCGUAAGACUAGCAGCUUUUCUGAGAAAUCUUUGCAGCCUAAAGACUUGGGGACGUCCAGCAGAAGCUCCAAGCCGAGCUGGAAGUGA